UAGAAAGGAUAUGCCCUAUUCUAUGUUGUGGGAGAUCCACAUGUAUCUAAGUAAUAUGACUGAAAGAAAGUCACCUGUACACGUUUGUCAGUAGGGGACAGAUGUGCAAUGCGCCGAUAAUGGACAUUAAGGACUCGUGCAGCGUAAUUCUGACAGCUUACCAUUCUUUCACGCCGUCAAGGAUACCAGUGAUGGAGCAAAGCCUUGAGCCACAGCUUUCUCAGACUACGGGGCAUUCCCCUCUCAACAGGAAAGUGUGCUACCAAAGGAUGGACAGGAUGAUCUCUCAAGACUCGCUGCACCCCCCCUCCUUCAGCCGCUCCGUAUCCCAGGAGUCCCUGGACAGCGCGUCUAUGGAGGAUUACUGGAGUGAGGUGAAGAGCAUCGAGGAGAGUGCAGAGAACAGGCAAGACGAACAUGCAGUGCUCGAGGUCAAGUCAGCUGAUGAGGGGGAGCUGGAGGAGGCUUGGCUUCAGGAAGCAGGGCUGUCCACACUGGUGUCUGGAUCACCCAGGGAAGAGCCUGCCGAGGCCCUCUUCUCAACUCUGACCCGCACGCAGGCUGCUGUUGUCAAAAAGCGCAUUGACAACUACACCCAGAUGCAGCGCAAGAAGAAGCCUGUCAGAGAUGUCCGAGACAUCUUCGCUGUUGAAAACUCCCCACCUGGAGUCUGCCCGGGAGCUGGUUCACCCAAUAGCGCUCCGCUGGCACCCAAGCUGUUUUUCCGGACAACAGGAAGAUUGGAAAGCUGUGCAUCAAACUGCAAGCUGAGCAAAGACAGCCCGUCAUUGCCAGAAGAGUUGAACUUCGAUGUGCCUUACUCGGAGUGUGCUCUUAGGAAAGACUGCCGGAGCAUCCAGAGAAUAAAGAAGGAUGAUGCAACUUUCCCUAAGUUUCUGAUUCGUAAAGCGAAACUUGGGCUCACAGUCGUGGGAGACCUGUCUCAGGAGGAUAUGAAGAAAAUUGGUUACAUCUCGCUGAUCGAGCUAACUGCCUACUUUGAUGCUCUGGGAAUCGAGCUGAAACGAAAUAGGACAGUGAAGAGUAAAGUACGAGAUUAUGGCCUCUUUGGUGUUCCCCUCACAACACUACUUGAGAACGAUCAAAAGAAGUUUCCUGGUUCAAAAGUACCCCUCAUUUUCAAAAAGCUACUGUGCAAGCUGGAGCAAACAGGGUUACAGACUGAAGGAAUCCUCAGAGUGCCAGGGUCCGCCUCAAGAGUGAAGAGUCUCCGUCAAGAGCUGGAAGAAAAGUUCUAUGAAGACACUUUUGAGUGGGAUCUAGUGAGGCACAAUGACGCAGCUGGGCUGCUGAAGAUGUUUAUUAGGGAGCUGCCAUAUCCCUUGCUAACUGUGGAGUAUCUCCCAGCCUUUAUUGCAGUGGAAAAUAUCUCUCCAUCCAAGCUGCAGCUACAAGCCUUGCAUCUCCUUAUAAUGUUGCUGCCUGAACCCAACAGGGACACUCUUAAGGCUUUGUUAGAGUUCCUCAGUAAAGUGGUGGAUAAUGAGGAGAAGAACAGAAUGAGCUUAUGGAAUGUGUCCAUGAUCGUUGCCCCCAACCUCUUCAUGUGCAAAGGCAAAACUGCUAAUCCACAGGAAAUGCAGGAUGCAGCCGGUGCAGCACAUGUUGUGCGAUUGCUCGUGAAGCACCAGGACAUUCUCUGGACAGUUCCAUGCUUUAUGAUCUCCCAGGUUAGAAAAAUGAACGAGGCUGCUAUGAACAAGAAACACCAAGCUUCUGACAAAAGUAAAAAAAAACUGUUGAGACGGUGGAAUGCAGAAAGAGAAAAAACAGAGAGGAGCGAGCUCUAUGAUAUACCUGAAGGAGUGAUACGGGUUCAUGCUCCCCUGCAUGCCAAGGUUUCCAUGGCGAUCCAGCUUGAUAAUGAGACAAAAGCCAGGGACGUUAUGGCUCGAUUUGACUGUGAAAACAGCAGUGGGUCCCGGGGCUCAGUUAGAAGACAGAAACAGUAUCUCUAUGAAGUUGGUGGAAAUAUAGGUGAGCGAUGUCUGGAUCCAGAAACGUAUCUCCUAGAUUUAUACCAUGUGAACCCUCAAUGUGAAUGGAUUUUAAAGCCCAGAACAACAUGAAGCUUUAUGGAAAAGCACAGUCCCCUCUCAUCAAGGAAGCACUAGUUACUGCCCCCUACAGGAAUGUCUGGAUUUCAUGCUAUUGGUUUUGAGGAGAUGAAAGCAACUGAUCAGACACUGGUUUGGAUGCACCAGUAUGAACCACCUGUUUCUAAAGGACCACUAUUUGUG